GUCCUGAGACCUUUGUCCCCAGCAGCGACCACAAUCGUGGCCCUGUCUGCAGUGGUCUUUACUGGGACAGCUACACUUGCACAGGCGCUGAAGGCCUUCACUGAGGAGGUGGUUUGGCUGGUCCUGAUUGCUUUCUUUCUUGCUGAAGGCUUCCACAAGACUGGUUUGGGCGAUCGCAUUGCCUUGAAUGUGAUUCGGAUAGUUGGUGGAACGACGCUGGGGCUUGCAUACGGCUUGAACUUUGCUGAGCUCGUAGUUGCGGCUGCUAUGCCUUGUUCUGCAGCCAGGGCUGCAGCGAUGUUCUAUCCAAUUACAAAAUCUGUGUGCAAAGCCAGUGGAUCUGACCCUAAUGAGGGAACGGAGUCCAAGUGCGGCAAAUUCCUGGUGGAGUGCUGCUACCAGGCAACUGCAACGUCGUCGUGCAUGUUCCUCACGGGUGCUGCGCAAAACUACUUUGUGCUGAAAUUGGCCGAUGAUGUUGGCAUCCAUUUGGAUCAUCCUUUUCAUACUUGGUUUGCAGCAGCUGUAGUUCCAGCCUUCGUGUCCUUCUUGCUGACACCACUUGUGGCUCUGAAGCUCAUGCCACCAGAGUCACGAACAACAUCUGACGCACCGAAGGUUGCGAAGCAGCGGCUGGAUGAAAUGGGUCCCAUAUCGGAUGACGAGAAAGUCUUUCUCUUCGUUAUGCUUGGCAUGGUAGUCCUGUGGGCUUCGUCGUCCUUGAUUCACGUGAAACCUGCGAUCACAGCCUUUUGCGGCCUUGGGAUUCUUCUGUUGACCGGCGUCAUCACAUGGGAGGAUUGCGCAAAGAAUCAACAAGCGUGGAGCACUUUUGUAUCCUUUGCAACUUUGGUUGGCUUAGCUGAGAUGCUAAAGAUCCUUGGCAUUGUUGAGUGGUUGUCGUCGGUGGUAACGUCAAAAAUCAGAGCUGCAGGACUGGCACAGGUACCGGCCUUCCUGGUCAUCAUCACUUCGUACUGGCUAAUUCAUUAUCUCUUUGCCUCACAGGUGGCACAUGUAUCUGCUUUGUUCCAACCAUUUUUGGUUAUGCUGGUAGAAACGGGAACUCCAAAGAUUCCAGCCUUGUUUGCACUGGCCUUCGUGUCUAAUCUCUUUGCUACUUUGACUCCAUAUGCCUCUGCUCAGUCAGCAGUUCUCUUUGCUGGACAUUACAUAACUCCGGUAGAAUGGUACAAGGCUGGCUUUGUUUUCAUGCUCGCCUACUACAUAGAAUGGCUCGUAGUCGGUGCUGCAUGGUGGUGUCUGAUUGGGCUUGUUUGACUGAAAAUACGGUCUCAAGUCAUACCAGUCAUACCAUCACCACCAGCAGUCAAAUCUUUUCCGGAUGAGCGAAAUCGCGGGUGCCGGGCGCAAAGAGCUGCACGUCCGUCGAGUCCGUUGAGAUCCUGCGAUCCUUUAGAUCCUUGCUGGCUUAAUGUGGUCAGCGAAAGUCCGACCCAUUCCAUGUCUAUGGCCUUUGUCUCAUUAGCAUGGAAAGGGAAAUACGCAAAGGAAGAUGAGAAAAGAAAUGGCGAGUUCUUCAGCGGUCUUUUUUGCAUGUCUUUCCCACACUAGGGCACUACACCCCUGCUUGAGAUGUGCAACUAGCCGCUAACUCAUCUGACCCAAGAAACAUCUCUGAAGGACCCUGGCAUCAGGUCAAACUCUCUGGACCUCAUGUGCUUAGCAGAUCAGCUUGGCGUCCCGUCCUUGCAGCCUGUUUUGAUUCGGGCCUGGGUGCGGGGACCGUGAUACAGAGGAGCUAGGAAAAGGAAGACGCGACGAGGCAGAAAGAAGAGGUAGGCGGUAGAAAUAGUAUGACAUGGUCGCAAUCUUCAGCCUUUCUGUACACAGUGUGCAACUUGUAUUGCAUCAAAUGUCAGCUGCCAG